AAUGUGGUGGGAUAAACAAGCAAAACUGCUUAUUCGUAUUAUCAUAGCCACAUCAGUUUUACAACAACAACAAUACAAAAAAAUGUAUUUUAAAAUUAAAUAUUGCUCAUACUUUAAAACUUUACUAGCUUUAAUAAUAUGUCUAUUAAUUUCAGGACAAAAAGCAGCAAAUAUACUUGAUUUGUACGAAGGUGAAAUAUGUAAAACAGAGAAGAACAGUACUAUAAAUCAUGUCUGCAAACAACCCGAAAAUUGUCCAUCGUUAGAACAGGACAUCCGACGUCAGAAUUUCCCGCCUAUAUGUUCAUUUAUAAAACAUAAGCCAAUAGUCUGCUGUUCACCCACAGUAACAGUCAACACAACAAAUAAAAAGCCGCCCUCAAGCACUACCAAUACUGCAUCGUCAUACUCUGCCACUGAAAUGUGUCGCCAAUACUCGGAAUUGGUUUAUGAAAAGGUUAACACAUCUUCAUCCAACGCGGGGUCGCUAGAAAAAAUUCUUGACUGUCACAGUGUAAUAACACUGAUCGUUGGAGGCUCCAAAGCCGAGCCGAAAGAAUUUCCGCAUAUGGCACUGUUAGGUUAUGGGUCCAACAAAAAAGAGGAAAAGGCAUGGGCCUGCGGAGGUUCGUUGAUAAGCAACAGGUGGAUCAUGAGCGCGGCACAUUGUAACAAAAAUUCUGAACGUUUGGUAAACUGGGCACGCCUGGGCGAAUUAAACAUCUAUUCAGAUAGCAGCCCGGUUGACUACGAAAUCGUGGAGCGUGUGAUGCAUCCUAAGUACAAUCCGGCGUACGUGUACAAUGACAUAGCGCUGUUCCGUUUGGGUAAAGAAGUUAAGUUUUCAGCGUACAUACGACCCGUGUGCCUAAACACAGUCCAAAAGUUUCGCUUCAAUAUAGCCACGGCUAUCGGCUGGGGUCGGACUUCGAACGAUGGGCCGAUUAGUUACGACUUGUUAAAAGUGGAUCUGGCUCCAAUAUCAAUUGGCUAUUGUAAGUAUAGUUAUCCUCCAAGUUCCAACCCGAGAAUAAACCUCGGAAUAAUCGAAGACAGCAUGAUAUGCGCGGGCGACAUUAGAGAUGGAAUCGACACAUGUACGGGCGAUUCUGGAGGUCCACUGAUAGUCAAACACUCAAACUACCCGUGUAUGCAUACUCAAAUCGGCAUAACGUCGUUCGGGAAAUAUUGCGGCAAUAAGGACACACCGGGCAUCUACACCAGAGUGUCCUAUUAUAUUCCGUGGAUCGAAAAGAUCGUUUGGCCAAAAAGCUAAAUGAAAACGAAACUCACCAGACGAUUUUUUAAAUAAAAAGGCAGAAAUUAUGUCUGAUACAUUGUAGUGUGUAAGCAUGUUGUUAAUUAAGUCCAUCGUGGGAUAUUUAAUUAAACUUAUGCACUCAAUAAUUAUGCUCUUAUAAUCUUAAUAAUGCUAAUUUUUAUACUUAGAUUAAAUUAAAAAUAUAUUAUUAUUUA